AUGAACGUCUCCGAUGCUGAACAAGCUGAUGCCGAAAAUCCCGGUGACCGUAUAACACGGACGCAACAAUGCCGCAUCCUGGGCUCGACCUGUCUGAUGGCAUUUACGUUAGUAGGCCUCAACCAAGCCUUUGGGGUGUUCCAAGCACACUACGGACGAGAAGCGGCUGUCACGGAAGGCGUCCUCCUUCAGACCGAGCUAUCCAAACGCCCGUUGAUCUCGGCGAUAGGGUCGUUAGGGAAUGGAGGGCUCUUCGCCGCCUUUGGAGUGUUCUACUACCCGCAUCUUCCCCAAUUAGGAGUAGCCAGCCACAAGUUGGCAACACUUGUUGCGUGUCAGGGACUCCUGGUCGGCCUUGGAACCGGCAUUCACAUCUAUCUUCUUGGGCCCAUAUUACCAGAGUACUUCCCACAGCGGAGCGGCCUCGCACAAGGUAUCAUGUUUGGAUUCGCGGCUCUAGGGAGCACGGUAUGGGUCUUCGCACUGACAAAGUUGCUCGAGACGCUCGGUAUCCGGUGGACGUUAGGAAUUCUCGCCAUAUUCAGCUUCGUAGUCCUGUCCACUUCUAGUGCGCUCGCCCUCCCACCCCGAAAGUUCGAAAGGCGGUCUACCGAUAUAGUCGGUUGGAAUGUCUUCAAAGAUCCGCUUUUCGCUUCACUCGCAGUCGCAAACCUGGUACACCCGUUGACGAUGGCAAUACCCAUGGUGUUCGGGCCUGAGUUUGCUCAGUCCAUAGGAACAGGCAUCAUCCACGGGUCAUACCUUUUGGCCAUCAACACAGGAGUAGGGAUCCCAGGUAGGCUAUGCACCGGAUGGCUGUCAGACAAGAUUGGACAUCUGAACAUGCUCAUUGUUGCCACUGCUGUGUACGCCAUGGCAACGUGGGCAUUCUGGCUAUCUGCUGCAAUGACGAGCAACGUGGGACUCUACAUCUGUAUGAGUGUCUGCCACGGGCUGAGCAACGGCGUCUUCAACGUCGUUAUCAACUCGGCACAGAAGAUGCUGUUUGGCUCGGAGAUGUACUAUCCCAAGAGUGGUAUGAUGACCAGUAUACGCGGAGUCGGUUUUGUCGUCAGCGCACCGAUAGCAGGCGCGUUGGUGUCGAGAGUCGCCGGUGUAGACUUGCAAGGCAGAGACUUUGUGAGGGUGAUUGUUUAUACCGGAUCCUUGUUGACGAUCUCGCUAUUCUGUCUCUUGAACGUUCGAUGGUUGGAUGCGAAGAAGAACGGGUGGAAGCUGGUGCGUUAG